AUGUCUAGUCACAAGCUUUCCUAUGCAGAUGUUUGGGAUGAUUCUGCGUUGAUACAAUCAUGGGAGGCGGCCUUAGCGGAAUACAAGAAAUACCACAGCAUCCAUGCUCGGGGAGAAAAGGUUGAGGAUGUCUUAUCCGCGUUUGAGCUUGCGGAGCUGCGAGGAACACAAGAUCAGCCGAACGGUGCUACUGCCCCAGAUCGGGCCGACGUAAUCAAAGAAGGCGAGCUCCAAAUGACACAUGCAAAAGAGCUAGGGGAGCUUGAGGAAGGCGAGGAUGCUGUAGAAGGCACUGCAGACGACCAGCCUGUUCAAAUGGCAGCGGCAGCUGUCUCUGCUGAACCAACAGGCAAUGGCGUGACAGGUAGCGAGCACACGAUGCCGCCAGUCUUGACUGCCAUGCCUCAGGUGCUCGCGGGAUCGAUUCAGGAUGAGGCACUCAAGAACCUCAUGAUGUCCUGGUACUACGCUGGCUACUACACAGGUCUUUACGAAGGCCAACAGAAGGUCGUCCAAAACUCAAUGGGAGAAGGGGGGAAAUAUUGA